AUGGGUAGGGAUUUUUACGGAGAAUUUGAUGAAAAAGUUUUAAAGAAAGCAGAACCUUAUGUUCCUGAGUUCAUAAAGAACAAUACUGAAAUCCACACAGCUACUCUACCUAAUGGGAACACUGUUACUGAGCCAGUGGCAGUCACUUCAUGGAUAAGCCAACUGAGAAAGAAGUUAAUAGGUCAAAAGGAAUAUGUUGAGGCCGAAAUUGCUACGCAAAAAUCUGCUGCACGCAACGAAGUGGAAUCUGUUAAGCAAUACUGGAGAGAAAAUGUAUUGAGUGACAAGAAGGAAAUUGAAGACCACUUCGUGACGGCUAGUGUGCUCUCCUUAGGAGGAUGGUUUUUCGGAUCCGUUAUAUCUAGUAGGAGAAACUGGGGUUUCAGCUCUCCUUGGAAUAGUGAACAAGCUGGUAUUUUAAAAAGAACACCAACGGUUUUCUCUAAACUUAUAACGAGUCUUCCAGUUCGUUUGACUCUUCCAUGGAUUCUUGCGGGUGCUGCCUACCAACAGUUAACGCCCAAUACGUGGAACAAUGCUUUGGCUGCUAUCAAGAACGACUUUUUACCCAAGGAACUCGUAGAGCAGUCAGCAGCGUUAUAUGACUCUGCCAUCGAGAAUGGUCUAAAAGCUCAAAUGAAAUCAUUGAACAAGGCAACCCAUGAAGGUUUGGAAUCUUCCAUUGGAGCAAUUAGAGAGGCAAUUGCUGAAAGAACUCAAUGA